GGUCUCAGGGAGUUCGGUGUAACGACAGUCGGGGGUGGCGCUUCCGCGGAGAAGUGGCAGUGUAACUGUCCACAAAAAUGGCGACCAUGGUAGAGGAUCAGAACUCGAUUGAUAUGAACGAAGAUAAGGAUUCGGCAUUCGAUCAGGUCACGCAUAAUUGGGUGGAUAUCACGCAAGAGUUCUUCGAGGCUAUCACAGACUUGGAAUUGGGAGAAUUGUUACACGAUGAGCUAUUUGGAUUAUUCGAGGCCAUGUCUGCCAUUGAGAUGAUGGAUCCAAAGAUGGACGCUGGCAUGUUGUGUAACAGAGGAAACAACAAACCUUGUACUUUCACCCAGGCAGUCGACUCGGGUGCGAUUAAAUUGGACAACUUUACACCUUCUGAAAUCAUUGGGAUAAUAGACUCCACAUAUGCAUGCAUAGUGUCUUGGUUGGAAGGUCACAGUCUAGCACAGACUGUAUUUACAAACUUGUAUCUGCAUCAGCCCGGACAAAUACUAGACAAACCUUUGAAGACCUUCUGUUAUGCAGUGUACAAGAUAAUUGAGAUAAUCAAAGACUGCAUUAAUAAGGCUUUGGUAUUCGAGGAAGAGGACUUUCAAAGUGUCACCUAUGGCUACAGAUUGCAGCAAGAUAUUACAGAACAGAAAAUAAUAUCUAUGCUGAGAGAAGUGGAGGAGGAGCUACACCGAAAAAGUAGGAUAAGACUUGUCGAUGUAGAAUCUGAAAAAGAGUAUAACAAUGGAAUAGCACUUUACGCGAGAAUCCGAUUUACUAAGAUGUUUUAUCAAGUGCUAACGUUAAUGGGCCGGAAGCAGCAGUUGCAACAGAAUUUGAGCGAUUGUCAGAGAUUACUGUCAAAUUGUUCCGAUAUGCUGCAGAUCAUGAUUUUAACAGUGACACAUGGAGAGAAAGCCGACGAAAUUUCUAAUCACCCAAAUAUCAUGGGCUUCGAUCCAAUGGUGAAUCAGAGAUUGUUGCCACCGACGUUUCCCCGUUACACUAAAAUCAAGCCGAGAAUAGAUGUUCUGGAAUAUUUAAUCGAACUGAUAAACCGAUUCAAAAUGGUCAUCAAGAUCACGAAUCACGUCGGGUUCCACGCGGCCCUGGACUUUUUCUUAGAAUUCUCGCGUCAGAGUCCGUGCAUAUUAUCUAGGUCUAUGCUGCAAAUCGUUUACUUGCCGACCACUAACCGCGUAUUCGGUGUGCACAAUUUUGCCGAUGUAUUGAGAGACGCGGCGCGGAACUUCAUCGCGCCGCCCGUGCUAAUGCCGAAGAGUACGUUGUUGCAAAAUCACCAGGCUAAGGAAUACGUCGACAGUUUCCUGUCGCAUUGCGUCAGCCUGUUCGGCAGCCUGUUGCAGCUCAGUGGACACAACAGGGCAAGACAGAGAGACAAAUUGGCGCAUUUGUUGGAAGACUUCGCGACGCUGCAAGACGAAGCGGAGAGAGUCGAUGGAUAUUUGCACACUCUAUCUAUGAAGAGCGACACGCCAAGGCCUCACUUGGCGUGUUUCGGCACUUGGAUUUUGUACCACACGUUACGCGUGAUGGUUAUGUAUCUUCUGAGUGGCUUCGAGCUAGAGUUAUAUUCGGUGCACGAGUAUCAUUACAUCUUCUGGUACCUGUAUGAAUUUCUAUACGGUUGGCUUGUGUCCGCGAUUACGCGAGCUGAUACGUUCUUGAUGGAGCAGGAUGUUCACAAUGAUACGCAUAAGGGUAGAGGCGGCAAAAAGAGCUCGAAGAACAAGAAGAAGAAGUCAACACCGAGGCCGUACAAUUUGGAAAUAUUGAUGUACCAGGCGAUGCAGAAUAUAUGUGGUGGCUAUUAUAAAGCUUUGGUUGGUUUCCGUAUGGACGGGAAAAUUCCGCUUCCCGAGAUGCAGUUCGAUUCCGAGAGAGUGAGAUACGAGCAUAGAUUAUUGCCGUUCUCCUCUCUGUUGACACCACCGCCUGUUCAUUAUCAAGAAUUUUUAGACAUGACAAAUGCUCAAAUGCACAAGAGAAAUGAGAAAGUCACCAGUGAAAUGCAAUAUGUCGCCGGUUGUCGACAUUUCCAUCAAGCUAGGAAUAUGUUAGAACGCGCUUUACUGUUGUACCCAGCGAAUAGUUUAAUUGAAGAUGAAAUCAACAGUUUGUUGAAAGUAGCCAAGACGAAUUUUGUGGUUUUAAAGCUACUGGCAGACGGGCACAAGAGGGAUUCCAAAGAACCACCGGCCUUUGAUUUUUCUUGUCAUCGACACUUUCCGCUGAUCAAAAUAACUUAAAUUACAUAUCUUGUAUCUCACCCACAAUAUAAAGGACAUUAUUAUUUAUUUUAGUUUCAUCUGUGCGGAAAGCAUCUCUCUUUUAUUCAACUUUUUAUUUUCGUGUCUCAUGCAUCUAAAUGAUCUCCUCGUUCCAUGUUUCCUUCCACCGUUCGGGCACAACUCUAAAACUUAAGGUCGAUAAAUGCAUUUGCCGCGCUAUUCUACCUGUAAAUUUGUACGUUGGAAGGAAACGAUACUUUGUAUAUAGAUUACGACAUACCGUGUCUCUCGAGAGAGACAUCUAAGAUGAAUAUUACGGAUGAAUGUGUUAUUCUUAAGAGUUAAAAGUUGAUGUGAGUUGUAAAUAAAUUAUGCAAAACAGAAAAUGACGAAA